UCGUACGAGAGAGGGGCUUGGUAAUAAAUACAUGCGCGGCGAACGAAGAGACAGUUGUAGCAGCGUGCACCUCGGUAUCAAAAUGAGGACGCUUACAAUUACGAUUUGUUUCUUGCUUGCCAUUGCGGCAUCGACAGCCGUUCCCGUUAAAAAACCCGAAGAAAGUGCUGAAGCUUCAAGAGAAAAGAGAUCACCAUCCGGUUGGCAUUCAGAACACGAAGGCGGUUGGGAAAAGAAAUUAAUAUGGAAGGAAAGUUGGGUACAAAUUUGGAAGGUUAACAAAAAAUUAACUUGGAAAACGGAAUGGGUAAAAGAAAAAGUGCCUGUUUGGAAAACAGAACAUGUACAAGAGUGGAAGGAAGAACAAAUUCCCUAUACUGAAAUAGUGAAAAAGCCUAUCUGGAAGGAUGUACAGGUGCCCAUUUGGAAAGAAGUUCAUGUCCAAGAUUAUAAGAAAAUUUGGAAACCCGUUUGGCACGAAAUUCAAGUCCCAGUUACAAAAGACAUAAAAGUUCCGAAAUGGAUAAAGAACUAUGUACCGCAGUGGGUCAAAGAAGGUGUUCCUGGUGAGAAAUAUCUGGGUAAAGACGAACAUGGAUGGGAAUAUACUAGCCAUGAUCUUUGGAGGAAAAAGCUUGUCUGGAAGGUGCAAUGGACAAAAGUCUGGAAAACGGUUCAAAAACAAGAAUAUGUCACAGAAAAGAAAUUGGAAUGGAAAGAAGCGUGGAAACCCGUCUGGAGGACUGAAAAGAAACAGGAAUGGAUUACUAAGCAGAAGGAAGAAUGGGUUGAAGAGAAAGUGCAGAAAUGGAAGACAAUAAAAAAAUCAAUUUGGGUACCAGUACAGAAGAAAGUGUGGGUUGAAAAAUCAAAAGAGAUUCAGCUGCCAGUAUGGAAAACAUACAAAGUUGCUGAUUGGAAAAAAGUAUGGAAACCAGUAUGGGUUACGGUUCACCACGAGGUUCAUCAUGACGACCACGAACAUCAUGGAUGGGAUUAGCCUUAGGUAGGACCUUUACAUUAUUGUACAUAUAGAAAUAACUAAAACGUAGUCAUUUGUUAAUUAUUUGUUACCAAUCGAGCCUGAUUAUUCUUAUUUUUUUUUUUUGUAAAUAUGUUUCUGUGUCAACGACAAUCGGAAUGAAUGAUACAUAAAACAUAAAAUGAGGUGAUCAUUAUUCCUUUGAAAAUGAAGCUAAUGCAUUUUAUGUCAAAUGCGAAUCUCAAAAUUUUGCGAAUGUAUUUGUUUUUGUUAUGUAUUUUGUUUUUUCGGAGUGUUAAAAUCGUUUUUUUUUAUAAUUAUUCAUUACUUCAAUAUCAUUUGUUGGCCAUAGAAGGCUGAAGUUUUAUUUUAAAUAUUCGGAAGUAAACAGUCGAUUAAAAUCAUAAACUUCUCUCUAUAUUUAAUUAUAUUGCAUUAGCUGUAAAAAAUAUAAUUGUAUAAACUUGAAAAAGUUUAAUAUAUGCAGCAAUUAGUUAUAAGGAAAAUGAAAUUAGAGGUAGUCUUAUAACGAAGAGGCUACUCGAAUAAUAGCUUUAAAGUUGAAGUUUAAGAUGUAACGAGAUUAUUUCUUUGUUUAUAACAAUGAGGUAAUGUAAGAGUACAAUCCAAUAUAAUAUCUAAUAAUUACGUCCCUUUAUUAUUAUAUAAUAAAGUACGAUAUUAUAAUAAGUCUGGAGAUACGUAAAAGAUAUUUGUUUAGUGAUCUAUCAACUUCUAUUAAAAGGAAUCACAUAUUAAAGGUUAAACUUUACACGUUAUCUAAGUUUAACAUAUUGAUAAUCUUUACCAAAAAGUUUAUUUUUCUUUUGUAAGUAAUGUAUACCUUUAUAUACGUAAAACGUUUACUUGUUGUUUAAACGGUGAUUUUAUCAGAACACCAAAUUUUAAAUCGCUUGACCGUCUGAUUUUUUCUUCCGGGUAAUCUCUUAGAAAUGAUGGAUUCAAUGUGACCGGAACUUUAACAGGCAGAUAGUGGAUAUUUUAAUGUAUAUAAUAUUGUAUGAAAUUAACAAGGAAUUCGCGCUAUAAAAUAAAAACCUAUAUAGUUUUAUUAUUUUGAGUAAAAUCCGAUUUUGUGGUCUAUUAAACAAGUAAACGGAAUCUAUAGCCGAGCGGAAGUUACCAACACAACCAAUAUAAGUGUAGGAAUAUGUUAUUUCUUACAGUUUUUAUGUUUUACAUAAUAAAAGAAAAUCUUAUAA